GACGGCGGCGGCGGCUGCGGCAUCGCCGGGGGUAUAGAUACGGUGCGUUUUGCUCUCUGCUCUGUCUGGCUUGGAGGUGACCGCUGCCAAGCCUUGCUAGGCGGCCGGCUAAACCAGACGGAAAGGAGAUAAAAACCUGCUUGCGGAUCCUGCCCAGUCCUCCCGCUGCGCCAUGGCUUAAGCCCACAGCCUCUUUGCCAAGCAUCUCCUUGCUCGGCCGGCCGGGCUCUGCUAGACACCGCAGUCGCAGAGAGGGCGCACCCAGACGCCCUAGGCCUGGACUCUGGGACGCCGAGCCUCGCUGCUAUUCUUCACUGCCCACCGCAGGUCCUCUGCAGCAGACGUUUGCAGCCGGCAAUCUAGGGACUUUACGGACUUCAUCUCAGCGGUACCUUGUCCCCGGGUGCUCUCUGAGGGAGGAGGACGAGGCAAAGGGCUUCUAAGGGGAGGAACAGUGGGAACUACAUUUGCGGGUCUGGGUUAGGGUUAAAGGGAGAUUGGAGGUUUGAUUUAGGACCACAAAAAAGCUUUGCGGCUAACACUAUGGCGUGGCCGUGCAUCACAAGGGCCUGCUGCAUCGCCCGCUUCUGGAACCAGCUGGACAAGGCGGACAUUGCGGUGCCGCUGGUUUUCGCCAAGUACUCAGAGGCCACCGAACAUCCAGGCGCCCCUCCGCAGCCGCCAGCGCCGCUGCAGCCGGCGUUAGCGCCCCCCUCGCGUGCUGUCGCCAUAGAGACGCAGCCAGCCCAGGGAGAGUCGGAUGCAGUUGCCCGGGCAACAGGGCCGGCGCCCGGGCCCAGCGGCGACCGCGAGACUGCAGCCGCCCCCGGCCGGAGCGGGCUGGGCUUGGGCGCGGCCUCGGCCUCCACUUCCGGGUCAGGCCCAGCGGACUCGGUGAUGCGACAGGACUACCGCGCCUGGAAAGUGCAGCGGCCAGAGCCAAGCUGCCGGCCGCGCAGCGAGUACCAGCCGUCCGACGCGCCCUUCGAGCGCGAGACCCAGUACCAGAAGGACUUCCGCGCCUGGCCGCUGCCCCGCCGCGGGGAUCACCCCUGGAUCCCUAAGCCGGUGCAAAUUCCCGCGACUUCCCAGCCUUCCCCGCCUGUUCUCGGGGUGCCUAAGCGUCGGCCUCAGAGCCAAGAGCGCGGGACCAUGCAACUUUCGGCUGAUGCCCGGGACCCGGAGGGUGUUGGAGGAGCCGGGGUGCCGGCGGCGGGAAAGGCGUCUGGUGCAGACCAGCGCGACACACGCAGGAAGGCGGGACCCGCGUGGAUGGUGACUCGCACCGAAGGGCACGAAGAGAAGCCUCUGCCCCCCGCCCAGUCCCAGACCCAGGAAGGCGGCCCUGCAGCUGGAAAGGCGUCCGGUGCAGACCUCCGUGACACACGCAGGAAGGCGGGACCCGCGUGGAUGGUGACUCGCACCGAAGGGCACGAGGAGAAGCCUCUGCCCCCCGCCCAGUCCCAGACCCAGGAAGGCGGCCCUGCAGCUGGAAAGGCGUCGGGUGCUGACCUCCGUGACACACGCAGGAAGGCGGGACCCGCGUGGAUGGUGACUCGCACCGAAGGGCACGAAGAGAAGCCUCUGCCCCCGGCCCAGUCCCAGACCCAGGAAGGCGGUCCUGCAGCUGGAAAGGCGUCCGGGGCAGACCUGCGUGACACACGCAGGAAGGCGGGACCCGCGUGGAUGGUGACUCGCACCGAAGGGCACGAGGAGACGCCGCUGCCACCCGCCCAGUCCCAGACCCAGGAAGGCGGCCCUGCGGCUGGAAAGGCGUCCGGGGCAGACCUGCGUGACACACGCAGGAAGGCGGGACCCGCGUGGAUGGUGACUCGCACCGAAGGGCACGAAGAGAAGCCUCUGCCCCCGGCCCAGUCCCAAACCCAGGAGGGCGGCCCUGCAGCUGGAAAGGCGUCCGGGGCAGACGAGCGCGACACGAGAAGGAAGGCGGGGCCGGCCUGGAUGGUGCGUCGCUCCGAGGGGCACGAGCAGACAUCCGCUGCCCUAGCACAAGGCACAGGGCCCGAAGGAGGCAAAGGGCGUGCGGUGGCAGAUGCCCUCAACAGGCAAAUCCGGGAGGAGGUGACGAGUACAGUAAGCAGCUCCUACAGGAACGAAUUCAGAGCAUGGACAGACAUCAAGCCUGUGAAACCAAUCAAAGCCAAGCCCCAGUACAAGCCCCCAGAUGACAAGAUGGUUCACGAGACCAGCUACAGCGCCCAGUUCAAAGGGGAGGCUAACAAGCCCAGUGCGGCGGACAACAAGGCCAUGGAUCGCAGAAGAAUACGAAGCCUCUACAGCGAGCCCUUCAAGGAGUGCCCAAAGGUAGAGAAACCUAGUGUUCAGAGUUCCAAACCAAAAAAGACCUCAACGAGCCAUAAGCCCCCAAGGAAGGCCAAAGACAAGCAGGUGGUGUCGGGCCAGGCUGCCAAGAAAAAGACCACAGAGGGCCCCAGUGCUACCAAACCCGACGACAAGGAGCAAAGCAAAGAGAUGAACA